CGGAGCUUCAGCUUCAAGUGGGCCAUCACUACUUCGAAGCUUCGACACACAGGACAUAUCACCACUCACAGAGAAAACGAAGUGUUCUUCACGUGGGUUUCAUCCAAAUGGCAGAGAAGUGGCAGCCGCAGUGUGGCGUCGAGUUAGAGCCGAAUCAGUUUUACUGCUCGGUAUGUCUGGACCUGCUCAAAGAUCCCGUCACCAUCCAGUGUGGACACACUUACUGCAGAAGCUGUAUCGAGGGAUGCUGGGAGCAGGAAAAGGAGAAGGGAACGUACAGCUGUCCUCAGUGUAGGGAGACCUUCAGUCCAAGGCCUGUCCUCGGGAGGAACACCAUGCUGGCUGAGGUGAUAAACAAAGCCAGCAUGUCUUGCCUGACCUGCUUGGCAUCGUACUGUCCUGCUCAUCUUGAGCCUCACCACAGUUUUCCUGUGCUGAAGCUUCACCAGCUGGUGUCUGCUACAGUGCCACUUAAGGAAAAAAUGUGCACAAAGCACAACAAGCUGAUGGAGGUUUACUGUAAGACUGAUCGAAGAUGUAUCUGCUAUUUGUGCACCAUGGACUAUCACAGGGACCACUCAACAGUGUCAGCUGCAGCAGAAAGAGCUGUGGAGCAGGUAAAACUUAGUGAGAACCAGAAUGCAGUCAAGCUGAGAUCCCAAGAGAGACAAGAUGAGCUGAAUGAGGUUGUCAAGGCUGUGAAGGACUUCGAGAUUUGUUGUCAGACUGCAGUGAAGUCCAAUGACGAGCUCUUUGACGAGCUGAUCUCCUCCUUCCAAAACAAACGUGCUUUAAUAAAGGAGUUGAUUGAAGCUCGGAGGAAAACUGCAAUAGCUGAGGCAGAAGAUCUGCAGAUGCAGCUGAAGGAGGAGAUAGCCAAGCUGAGGAGAAGAGAUGAUGACCUGGAGCAGCUUUCUCACACAGCUGACCAUAUUCAUUUCAUUCAGAUCUUCAAGUCUCUCUCAAUCUCAUGUGAAUCUCCAGACUUGCCAUCAGGCGCUGUUGUUCGUCCUAAACGUUCAAUGGAAGCGGUGUCUGACUAUGUGUCUGACCUGACAUAUGACAUGCAAAACCUUCUGGAGACCACAUGGCCCAAAAUCUCUGCCACAGUGUCUGUUACAGAUGUUGUGCUGCCACCUGUGCCAAAGACCAGGGGAGAGUUAUUGCGUUAUCACUGUCCUCUAACACUGGAUCCCAACUCGGUCAACAAAUGCUUUGUCAUUUCACAAGAAUCUAAACGAGUGACGAGUGACUCCAAAGAGAAAUAUUAUGUAUCUCACUCGGACAGGUUCAGAAUUGUGAAGCAGGUGCUGUGCAAAGAGGGUUUAACAGGGCGGUGCUAUUGGGAGGUCAGUUGGAGUGGUGGCGCCUGGUCAGUGGCAGCAUCUUACAAAGACAUCAGCCGAACAUCAUCUGACUCAGAAUUUGGGAAGAAUGACAAGUCCUGGUGUUUGGAGUGCUCUGCAGAUGGUUAUACUUUCAGACAUAACUCAGUGACCAAGGCGGUGUCAGGUCCUCAUACCUCUCAGAUUGGCGUGUACCUGGAUUACAGGUCAGGUACUCUGUCGUUUUACAGCAUCUCUGACACCAUGACUCUGCUUCACAAAGUGUGCACAGUAUUCACUCAGCCUCUCUAUCCUGGCCUUGGGCUGAAGGAAGGAAGCUCUGGCUGUUAUGCAGAAGUGGAAAAGUUGAUGGUGGUGAUGCCAACUUUUUUACUUCUACCAUGUUGAGUAAUGUCUUUCAAGACCUAAUAUAAGCAGUGUAGAAACCUGUGAGUACAAGUGAGCUCAUUGAACUUGUUUGACACUUACAGGGAGUGCAGAAUUAUUAGGCAAGUUGUAUU